AUGACGGAAACCAAGACUCCUUCUUCUAAUUCUCGAGAUGACGUACUUCAGUUUCUUGAAACGCUUGAUACGUAUUCGCAAACUACUGCAACAAACCCUGCUGCUGGAACGCCAGGCAGCACACCAGCUGACACCACGCAAUCUGUACUUGAUUUUCUCGAUCAAAUCACUCAAUCUACUCCUGCCUCUAACCCUUCUGAAUCAAAUCCUAAACAAGACAGUCAAAAUAAUUCUUCUGUAAAACAAAAUGGUUCUGCUGAACAACAAACUAAUCAACUUGAAUCUCAAAAACAAAGUGGUGCAUGGUCAUGGGGUGGUUUGUUAGCGACUGCAACUACCGCCUACCAAACUGCAUCAACUGUGGUUGAUAAUUCUGUUAAAGAGGCCUUAGAAACUGUGCGAACUAAUGAAGCUACUAAAAAACUUGAGGAAAGAGUUCGUGGCAUUGUAAAUAAAGAAGCUAUUGAAAAAUUAGGUUUGUAUUUGCAUUCUGCUUUGGUGCGUUCUCGAAUCAUCAUUUAUUUUCUCGCGUAUUUUUUAAAAGGUUCCGAUCUCAAAACUCUUAGUCUUAAUACUCUUACAACGGUGGUUAAUGCUGUGGUCCCUCCAAUUUCACAAUAUGAAGUUGUAGAAGUUUGGUUGUCUCAUGAUAUGGUUGGUUAUGUUGGUUUAGAAUCUCUCGUAUAUAGAGCGUUUAUGAAAGUCAUGGAGCAAGUCGAAGGGGGGGAUAUUGUAGUCCGAAAAAGUGAUGAAAUAAAACGUGAUCCUGAUGUUGACUCAUACAGAGAUUUAAAUGUUUGUGAAGGUUUUAUUGAAGCUGUUGGCCUUGCCAAGGCUAAUAUUGAACAAGUCAUCAAGAAACACUACAAGCCACCACAAAUUGAUAAUGAAAAUUCUGAAACCACAGAUCAAUCUAUAUGUCCUGUUUUUAUGGCUAUUCAGCCUACUAAAGCAAAUCCUUAUUCUCUCCAAAACAAAUCCGAAGAUACUGCUGAUCCUGAUCAAUACUUAUUUUAUGUUAUUGUUUUGACUGAUCCAACUCAUAACCUCACUUUUAAAACCUUCUCACAAGCACUUCCUGUUAGUUGGUUAGAUAUUCCAUAUGAAGAGAACGAAUGGGUGGAAGCUAAAAUGGUAUCUGUUAUCAAAUUGGCUGUUCAAUCAAUAGCUCAGGAUUAUGUUUGGCAUCGAAUGACUGCAAGUGAUGGUCGACCUCAAUCUAAUGAUGAUAAUUCAAACAUUGCAUCUUAA